AAUUCUGAAGCAACUGACGCAGCUGGGAAUUGAGCUGUGCAAAGCCUUCACUCACAGGGAAGGGAAGCGUCUGCCCCACCCUCCCCCACCAAGCGCCCUGAAUACUCUGCCCACACUCCUCUUCCCCGUGACGUCACCCCUAGUCCUGUCCCGAGGAGCUUGCAAAACCUCUCAAAUUCAAACUGCUAGACGCACAGCUGCCACCGCCACUGGAUUGAAAGCGCGCGCCCAGCCUCCGCUGUGGCAACCGCCCGCAGUGACCCAGUCUAAAAGACCUCCCUGUGCAAUCGCACCCCUGGUUUCCAGCAGCGCAGCUUCUUUCUACUCCAGUCUUCACCGUCCUCUCUGGCCGCCAGCCGGAUUUCUAAUUUCUGCGUACCCCAACCCCCCAAUCAAAUUAAAUCAAGCAACAAAAAGCAGAGCAACCCCCAGUACUACAAGAGGCAUCUUCUUUUACUUUGCUCUCCCUCUCUUCCCGAAGAUGCUAAACUAUUGGUGGACUGAAGAGGAGAGGAGUCCUGUCUUCUCCUGAUGCGUUUGCCUGUAGGUACCUGAGCUGAUAUUGAAGGUGCCUAAAGAUGCUGAGCGGCGUUUGGGUCCUCAGUGUGUUAACCGUGGCCGGGAUCUUACAGACCGAGAGUCGCAAAACUGCCAAAGACAUUUGCAAGAUCCGCUGCUUGUGCGAAGAGAAGGAAAAUGUACUGAAUAUUAACUGUGAAAACAAAGGAUUUACAACUGUCAGUUUGCUUCAACCCCCCCAGUAUCGCAUCUAUCAGCUGUUUCUCAAUGGCAACCUCUUGACCAGACUGUAUCCAAACGAAUUUGUCAAUUACUCAAACGCAGUGACUCUUCAUCUAGGUAACAAUGGGCUGCAGGAAAUCCGGCCUGGGGCUUUUAACGGUCUGAAGACUCUCAAGAGACUGCACCUCAAUAACAACAAACUGGAGGUAUUGCGAGAGGACACUUUUCUAGGCCUAGAGAGUCUAGAGUACCUCCAAGCUGACUACAAUUACAUAGGCACCAUUGAGGCAGGGGCAUUCAGCAAACUGAAUAAGCUCAAAGUGCUCAUUUUGAAUGACAACCUUUUGCUGUCUCUGCCCAGUAAUGUGUUUCGGUUUGUCUUGCUGACUCACUUAGACCUGAGAGGAAACAGGUUGAAAGUAAUGCCUUUCGCUGGUGUCCUUGAACAUAUUGGAGGAAUCAUGGAAAUUCAGCUGGAAGAAAACCCAUGGAAUUGCACCUGCGACUUACUUCCUCUCAAGGCAUGGCUGGACACCAUUACUGUUUUUGUGGGGGAGAUCGUCUGUGAAACUCCUUUCAGGUUACAUGGGAAAGAUGUGACCCAACUGACCAGACAAGACCUCUGUCCCAGAAAAAGUGCCAGUGGUGAUUCUAGUCAGAGGAGUAGUCAUUCAGACACACACGUCCAAAGGCUGUCCCCUACAAUGAAUCCUGCUCUCAACCCAACCAGGGCUCCAAAAGCCAGCAGACCACCCAAAAUGAGAAAUCGUCCAACUCCUCGAGUGACUGUGUCAAAAGACCGACAAAGCUUUGGCCCGAUCAUGGUGUACCAGACCAAGUCCCCUGUGGCCCUCACCUGUCCCAGCAGCUGUGUCUGUACUUCUCAGAGCUCAGACAAUGGUCUAAAUGUUAACUGCCAAGAAAGGAAGUUCACUAACAUCUCUGACCUGCAGCCGAAACCUACUAGUCCAAAGAAACUCUACCUGACAGGGAACUAUCUCCAAACAGUCUAUAAGAAUGACCUCCUAGAAUACAGUUCACUGGACUUGUUGCAUUUAGGAAACAACAGGAUUGCAGUCAUUCAGGAAGGUGCCUUUACAAACCUGACCAGUUUACGAAGACUUUAUCUAAAUGGCAAUUACCUUGAAGUGCUGUAUCCUUCUAUGUUUGAUGGACUGCAGAGCUUGCAGUAUCUCUAUUUAGAGUAUAAUGUCAUUAAGGAAAUUAAGCCGCUGACCUUCGAUGCUUUGAUUAACCUCCAGCUCCUGUUUCUGAAUAACAACCUGCUACGGUCCUUACCUGACAAUAUAUUUGGGGCCACAGCCCUCACCAGGUUGAAUCUGAGAAACAAUCAUUUUUCUCACCUGCCUGUGAAAGGGGUACUGGACCAGCUUCCUGCUUUUAUCCAGAUAGAUCUGCAAGAGAACCCAUGGGACUGCACCUGUGAUAUCAUGGGGUUAAAGGACUGGACUGAACAUGCCAAUUCUCCUGUCAUCAUCAAUGAGGUGACUUGUGAGUCUCCCGCUAAGCAUGCAGGGGAGAUACUGAAAUUCCUGGGAAGGGAGGCUAUUUGUCCAGAUAACCCUAACUUGUCAGAUGGAACUAUUUUGUCAAUGAAUCACAACACAGACACACCUAGGUCACUUAGUGUGUCUCCUAGUUCUUAUCCUGAACUACACACUGAAGUUCCACUUUCCGUCUUAAUUUUAGGAUUGCUUGUUGUUUUCAUCCUGUCUGUCUGUUUUGGGGCGGGGUUGUUUGUCUUCGUUCUGAAACGUCGAAAGGGGGUGCCAAGUGGCCCCAGGAGUGCCAACAACUUAGAUGUAAGUUCCUUCCAGUUACAAUACGGGUCUUACAACACCGAAACUAAUGAUAAAGCUGAUGGCCAUGUCUAUAAUUACAUUCCUCCACCUGUGGGUCAGAUGUGCCAAAACCCCAUCUACAUGCAGAAGGAAGGAGACCCGGUAGCCUAUUACCGAAACUUGCAGGACUUCAGCUAUGGCAACCUGGAGGAGAAAAAAGAAGAACCAGCCACACUUGCUUACACAAUAAGUGCCACUGAGUUGCUAGAAAAACAGGCCACACCAAGAGAGCCUGAGCUGCUGUAUCAGAAUAUUGCUGAGCGAGUUAAGGAACUUCCCAGUGCAGGUCUAGUCCACUAUAACUUCUGUACCUUACCCAAACGGCAAUUUGUCCCUUCAUAUGAAUCUCGACGCCAAAACCAAGACAGAAUCAAUAAAACCGUUUUAUAUGGAACUCCCAGAAAAUGCUUUGUGGGGCAGUCAAAGCCAGACCACCCUUUACUGCAAGCUAAGCCGCAAUCAGAACCAGACUACCUCGAAGUUCUGGAAAAACAAACUGCAAUCAGUCAGCUGUGAAAGGAAAUCAUUUACAACCCUAUAGCAUCAAAUGAUGCGGCUCCAAACUGUUGGAAGCACUGCAUUUGCUUUUGUUGUGUCCUCCCUUCCUCAGUGCUAAUGGGAGACUGAAAGCAUUUGGGAGAUGGGGUGAAACAAUGAUAUUGCUCUUGCAAGCUUUCCUUUAAAUUAUUUCUUUCUUGCUCUCCCACCCCAUCCCCCCUUCUUUUCUUAGAAACCAUCAAUGAACAUGAAUGUUUCUACAAUGCAUUUUCAUGUACUUUGUUUAGCUUUUGUUUUCUUCCUUCCUUUCUUCCUUUGUUUCUUUCUUUCUGUCUUUUUUCCUUCCUUCCUUCCUUCCUUCUUUCUUUCUUUUUCUUUCUUUCUUUUCCAGUGUGAGAGUGGAAAGAAAUGAUAGUGAAUGAAGGAAUGAAUAGUAGACAAAGUUUUCAAAUGGGAAUAUUUUGUAGAAGAUCUCCAAAGGUCUUUUGGGACUACAACUUCUGUAAAUAAUGAUCUAUGGUAUUGCCAUCUUCAGUUACCAAGUAUAGGCCUGGGCAUCGCUAUUUUGUGUUAAAGUGCCUUUGCACUUGAGGACAUUACUUAAAUGUUGCUUUUAGCUUUGAAAAUUGAAAGUAUUUUAAAGUGCUGUAUUUUUAAAAUUGAAAUCAAUGUAAAAUAGAUCUAUAUGUCAGCUAUAUUAAGUCAACGUACAAUUUGCUUGAGUUAUAGAAACCAGCCUGUCAUUCUAGCUUAGGAAUUUAUAGACUUAAAUGUAAAAUAUUUCUUUUCUUCUGGGUUUGUUAUUAAGUGGUUUUAUUUAAGUCAAGUAAGGGGACUUAACAAUGGACUAGAGGUAAUAAGCCACCUCUGUCUGGAUUAGUAAUUCAUUAAUAAAAUAUAUUUAACCCAA